GCACAACCAUGGCAGUCACUUUGCCUUAUGCACAGUCGCGCGAAGACACCACCACCAUGCUUGACCUCAUUGAGCCACGCGUGCAUGACCUCCUUGGGCUCAUCCAACGUCACGUUGAGCUGAUGGUCACAGCCAACUCCCCUCCUCAACUACGGGACUGGUUGGUCGUUGCUUUGGAUCUUUUGGCGAGACUGCAAUCCACGCAAGUGCACCAAGCCCGUUACAAGCAAGUUGCGACGGAAAUGCAAGACCUUGAAGCUGAAAUCGUCAACGCUGUGCUCGCGUUGCAUCGCCACAACUUCCUCCCCAACGUAUCCACGAUUGGCUACGUGCAAUAAGGGCUAUCGAUUCUCCAACAGUAUCAGCCGUCAUGUGUUGUGGCUGCCCGCCCUUCAAGAGUGUAUCGUACACUCUCAGCAGUGCAUUUGUCGUUGCCUGAACAAGCUCGAGUUUGCUGGUUACAUACUACGUAGUAGUUCUCAAGGAACUACAGUACUGUAUCGGACUCCAAGUAAACUAGUAAACUCCAAGAUACGGCAUAUGCAUUGGAACUUCACCGUGAUUCCAGG